CUUUACUCAUCCAAGCUCCGAACAGUUUCACAAGAAUGACCACCACCAUGACGAUGGGCCCGAGAGCAACCGCAGCAUAUAGAAGAACUAGCAUGGUCUCGAUUGUACCUCUGUUGCUGAUAACCGGAGGGGUCAAAUUUGUGCAAAGCGUUCCAACACAACGCUUUUUCCAUCAAACAACGGAAUCGAUUUCACAGUCAGCGACAACCUUAACGGAUCACAACAAUUUGUUCGCGACUCGGAAUGAUGUAUCGACUAUUGAUCUCCGACAGGCUAUCUCCCCGUGUACUUUAAGCGAUGGUGGAUUUUACGGAUCCAUUUCGGGAACUGCUCGGACGAUUGAGUUUUUGUACCAAGCCAAUGUCGUGCAAGGUACUAGUUCUACUGAUGUGCGAUCUGAUCUGUUACCUAUGAUGGAUCGUCAGCUGGUCCAAGGUAUUCUACCCCUUUUAUUUCCCGAUCAAUGUUCCGGUCGACUUCGAAAUUUGCGGGCGAUCGCGCCACGGGAAGCUCGGAAAUUACAGGGAGGAGAGCCUAAGAUUAUUGGAAUCGGCUCUCAAAUCCUGGAUCUAGCUACGAAUGCGGAUGAUUUGCCAUGCGCAGUAGCGAAUGGUGGUGAUUGCUACACUAUCCAAGGCUAUAUGACUGCGUUUGCAGAAAACGUGUUGACAGACGACGAAGCCUCAGAGCUAGUUCUACCAGCCAUUCAAGCAUACUUAAAAGGUGGACUUACUACGAUAGACCCAAGAAUAAUCAGCGUCAAUUAUGUGGUUCGCGAUGAAACGAACAACAACGGCGGCGGUUCAUUUUUAACUGUCCAACCGGUUCCCACCCCUGCUCCAAACGUAUUUCAACCUACGCAAUCCCCCAUCGUAGCUACGGCUGAGCCCGGGGCACCUACGCGCAUUCCCAUCGCAAUCGCGCCAACACGAACGCCCAUAACUUUCCCUUUUUUGACGCCUGCCCCAAUUGCGCCGGGGUCAUCGGCUUCUCCAGUGGCUACUGGCACUACGCUCACUCCAGUAUCACCUAGUAGCCCGACCUUGGCGCCCAUUAGUGGCGGAAGCUUUCAACCUACAUUCGCUCCCCUUUUCGUCCAGCCGACACCAGCCCCUUUCUCAGCCGAGUUAGUGGGUCGUUCUAGUGAAAGUGGGAUAGACAAGAUGGAAUGGUGGAUGUGGUUGCUUGUGGCAGUUGGGGCGGUUGCACUUUGCGGCUGCGGCUUCUUUGCUUUCGGUGGUGCAAGAGGAGGAGCACCAAAACCUCAACGCAUGUCACCCAAAAACAAAGAAGAUGCUGAGCCGUACGUAGUAUCCUCACCGGAAGAGUACGUACCACCAGGACUUGGAACAUUUAACACUGCUUCGGUAUCAGCCAACCCUGUGGCCGCAACAUAUGGACUGAAACAAGAUGAAGAGAAUUAUGACAAUAAUGAAGACGACGACAACUACGACGAUGACGAGGAGGACGACGUAGAAACUUACGAGGAGGGUGAGGAUGAGUUCGACGAAGAGGAAGAAUCAUAUGAGGAGGAAGAAGGCACUCUGUUUGAAGAAGAAUCCUACUAUGAAGAGGAAUCGGGGGGCAAUGAACAACAGCGGCAGCCUGGUUGGAAUAGCGGGUACAGUGUCACUCGUUCCAAGGGCAGUUAUUAA